GUGAUCAGAAGCAGUCCACCGCAGACGGAGGAGCAGCCAGCCAGGUGUGUGAGGAUGCAGUGAACCCAUAUGCACAUGCAGCUUCAGACUCAGCAGCCACAGCUGACUACAGCCAGCAGGUCUAUCAGGAGACCAGCCCCGCGGUGACGUCCUACACCAGUCAGGUGGCCUUUUCUCCUCUGGCCCAGUCCACUGUGUACUCAUCCUUCCCUCAGACCGGACAGACCUACGGACUCCCACCCUUCGGAGCCUUGUGGCCGGUCGUUAAAACUGAGACAGGGCUGCCUGAGGCGCCCUAUGGUGGCCAGCCCGGGUUUCUAAGCUUCAGCACGGCAUUCACCUCCACCCAGCCGGGUCAGCUGCACUACUCGUACCCGAGCCAAGGCUCGAGCUUCACCACCUCCAGUGUUUACUCCAACAUCCCCUCCACCACAGCCGUCACCAGCGCCUCCACCGCAGCCGCACCCCAGGAGUUCAGCAGCUACAGCUCUCUGGGUCAGGCUCAGUUCUCUCAGUAUUACACGCUACCUCCCAGCUACGUUCCUGCCGGGCUGCCCAGCAGCGACGAGCCCGGCGCCGCGGUCGCAGAAUAUUCAGCGGUGAAGUCUGAGGAGGCCGCCUCAGCUGGACUGCCCCCCCGAGAUGCAUCUCCACCUGAGAACCUCCCUGCAGGUGCAGCCCUCCCCUCAGGUGGAGCCAGGGAUCAGGACGAGCUCGGCCGCAGGAACUCUGUGGGGAAGUCCAAAGGGAAGGCCAAGAAGUCGGACAGCUCCCCGCCGCCUGACAGCGAUCUGGAGCGUGUUUUUCUCUGGGAUCUGGAUGAGACCAUCAUCAUCUUCCACUCUCUGCUCACCGGCACCUACGCCCAGAAGUUUGGGAAGGAGCCGGCCACGAUUCUGAACCUCGGCCUGCAGAUGGAGGAGCUGAUCUUUGAGCUGGCAGACACGCAUCUUUUCUUCAACGACCUGGAGGAGUGCGAUCAGGUCCACAUUGAGGACGUGGCGUCUGACGACAACGGGCAGGACCUGAGCACCUACAACUUCCUGGCUGACGGCUUCAACGGCCCCAGCAGCGGCGGAGCGGCGGGAGGCACAGCGGGGGUCCAGGGGGGCGUGGAGUGGAUGAGGAAACUGGCCUUUCGUUACCGCCGCCUAAAAGAGAUCUACAACACCUACAAGGGGAACGUUGGGGGUCUGCUCAGUCCCAUCAAGAGAGAGCUCCUGUUACGGCUUCGCUCAGAGAUCGAGAACGUCACCGACAUCUGGCUCACCACGGCGCUCAAGUCCCUGCUGCUCAUCCAGACCAGAGGGAAGUGCAUGAACGUGUUGGUCACCACCACGCAGCUGGUUCCGGCUCUGGCCAAGGUUCUGCUGUACGGUCUGGGAGACGUCUUCCCCGUCGAGAACAUUUACAGCGCCACAAAGAUCGGGAAAGAGAGCUGCUUCGAGAGGAUCGUCUCUCGCUUCGGGAAGAAGGUGACGUACGUGGUGAUCGGGGACGGGCGAGACGAGGAGUUCGCUGCGAAACAGCACAACAUGCCUUUCUGGAGGAUCUCGACUCACGGAGACCUCGUGUCCCUCCAUCAGGCUCUGGAACUGGACUUUCUGUAGCGGACCACUGCUGGGUGUCGAACACUAAAGGGAGACCGACCUGUCUGCUGUCACCGUGCGACGUACGGAGGCGGAGUCUGAGGGGAACUCUUCCUGUGCAGCAGCUCAACUCCGCCCCUGCAGGUGGCGACGAUCACGUUUUGCUCCUCCCCCGGAUCCUCUGAACGACGUCAUCCGUCCGUCUGGACUCGAACACAGAAACCACAAAUCAAAGACUCACAGUUUGUGUCAAAAAUCUUCUGCAGGUGUUUCUGUACCUGAACCGCCUCAUCGAUGACGUCAGCUGCUCUGACCUCUGACCUCACAGCCUUACGUGUGUGGUCACUCACACACACACUCGUGUGCUCACGCACGUUUAAAAUAAUGAACUUUUGCUUAAACAGGAUCUCGUCCGUUGUAAAAACACCAGGUUGUUGUUUGGACCAGCUCCUCAAGUAAAACCCCAAAACUUCAGGAAGUUCUGGUUCAUGAAGGUGAAACUGGACCAGUUCCAGCGGCCAGGCGUGACUUCAUCGUUCACUUCUGCUUCAAUAAUCGAUUACAGUGGUCCCUCGCUUAUCGCUCCGAUAGGUUCCAACUCUAGUGAAAAACCAUCACGUAGGGUUAGUUUAUUUUAACAUUUAUACGCUCUGUGGGUUAGAGAGUUGUAAACCCCACCCUCAACAACUGUCUGAACUCUUAAACCUUUUAAAACUAUUAAUAUUUAUUAUUAUAAUAUUAAUUACAAUAUUAAAUGGGUACUCACCAGAGAAGAUGAUGAAGGAUUAUCUGUCCGGUGAUGAAGGUGAUGGAGAUGAGCUGAGACCAGGCUCCUCGUCUUCCUCCAUCCUUCUCCAGAACACGCCCGAUUGUCCACGUUCAAGCGCGCUCAGACCUCGACAGGCCGGUUCGGCCGUCAUGACUUCGCUUUGCAAACAUUCUGUUGAAAACAGGGCCCAGAGGCACUUCAGUGCAGCACAGCACUGGUUUGAGGGAAAUGUAGUCCUGAGUGGUGACUACAGCACAGUGGAGGCUGAAUGAAAGAAACUACAAAAUGGCGGCGCCUGUCCACAUUAUUAUUUGUGUCAUUAACUUUUUCACAUCCACACGAGUUCUGUACAGAGAUAUUACUGUACGGCCACAAACCACGACGGAGCGAGUCCACGGUGGUCGAACCGCCAAGU